GGCUCCCAGAGCCCUGCUCAGCUCCUGCGGACUCAAAGGACCUGGUACCCCAGGAGCCGACUGACCAUCAGGCAGAAAGAUGAAGGUUCUGUGGGCCGUGUUGGUGGCCACGCUCCUGGCAGGAUGCCGGGCAGAGCGGGAAGUGGAGCCAGAGGUACAGGAGCAGAUCAAGUGGCAGAUUGGCCAGACCGGCCAGCCCUGGGAGCUGGCACUGGGCCGCUUCUGGGAUUACCUGCACUGGGUGCAGACGCUCUCUGACCAGGUGCAGGAGGAGCUGCUCAGCUCCCAGGUCACCCAGGAACUGGCGGUGCUAAUAGAGGACACGAUGAAGGAGGUGAAGGCCUACAAGUCGGAGCUGGAGGAGCAGCUGCGCCCGAUGGCCGAGGAGACGCAGGCCCGGCUCUCCAAGGAGCUGCAGGCGGCGCAGGCGCGGCUCGGGGCGGACAUGCAGGACGUGCGCAACCGCCUGGAGCAGUACCGCAGCGAGAUGCGGGCCAUGGUGGGCCAGAGCACCGAGGAGCUGCGGGCGCGCCUGGCCUCGCACCUGCGCAAACUGCGCAAGCGGCUGCAGCGUGACGCCGAGGACCUGCAGAAGCGCCUGGCCGUGUACCAGGCCGGGGCCCGCGAGGGUGCCGAGCGCGGCGUGAGCGCCAUCCGGGAGCGCCUGGGGCCUCUGGUGGAGCAGGGCCGCCUGCGGGCAGCCACCGUGAGCAGCCUGGCCAGCCAGCCGCUGCGGGAGCGCGCCCAGGCCUGGGGCGAGCGGCUGCGCGGGCGGCUGGAGGAGGUGGGCAGCCGCGCGCGCGACCGCCUGGACGAGGUGCGCGAGCAGGUGGAGGAGGUGCGCGCCAAGGUGGAGGAGCAGGCGGCGCAGAUGCGCCUGCAGGCCGAGGCCUUCCAGGCCCGCCUCAAGAGCUGGUUCGAACCCCUGGUAGAAGACAUGCAGCGCCAGUGGGCCGACCUGGUGGAGAAGAUGCAGAAGGCCAUGAGCGCCAGCACGGCCCCCGCGCCCAGCGACAACCACUGAGCGCCGGCCCCACUGCCCGGCCCCACUCCACCCUGCUCUGCCUCCCUUCGGCAGCAGAACCCUGUCCCCACCACAGCUGGCCCCCUGCGGCCUCUGCUUAAUAAAGAUGUACCGAGCUUCUCAGCACCAA